AUGUAGUUCUUGCAAGAUUAGACAUUAAACAGCUUGAUCAAGGGCGGCUGUCCUCGAGAAUAAUCUAUUUCUACUAAACCAAAUAAAAACUUAAGAAGGGGAAAAUAGGGAAAACAAAAAUGGAAAUUUCAAUUUGACCUCUCAAUAGCCUCUGAAAAAAAGAAAACGCAGAGUGAGUGUACAGCAAUGAAAGGGCAAUGACUGUAAACUGUGUAUAAUUUGAGUAGCAUUUAGGGAGUUAGUAAUAUUUCCAAGGUUGCGAAUUGCUAUUAACUCUGGAUAAGGCAGCGGUUCGUUGCCCAACCCUCCAAAAUUCGUCGGAGAACAGAAAGAGAGAAGUAAAUCAGCGAAGAAGAGGCGGAGGGAGGCGGCCCAAAAAGAAAAAGAAAAAGAAAUAAACGAGUGAAAAUGGAGAAGUACUUUGGGAGUCCAUACAGAGGUGACCCGGGAGUCCCCCACUCCGACCCUGAUCGGUUCGUCAACAUAUGGGUAGGAUCCGCCAUCUUCUCUGCUCUCACCUGGACCAAUCCCUACAUGUGGACACUUUCUAAUCAGUUCAAUUGGCAUGACAAGGCAAUGCUGUUUGAGCAGUAUCACUGGAAGAAAGCACUUGAGAAGGGACAGCCCUACAAAUUCAAGUGGAAUGAGUUGGACAAAGAAGUACGAGACUCAUACUACUUCAACUGGCCUGUCUACUUCCCAUAGCUUGCUCUGCGUUCCUGCAUUUUAUUUCCUUUCAUUAUCAACUCGACACAAUUGUUACGUUUUUGUUCUCAAAUAAUCAAAAGAAACAUCUUCCGGACUUGUGUUUUUAAGGUUGCCGCGAGUACUUAGCUGGAACUGAGAUAGCAUCAGAAUCCCUUUUUUUUUUUUUCUCUUUGGUUUUUUGUUGUUAUGCUUUUUGCAUGGUUUAUUCUGCUACAUUCUUAUUGAUUUGGGGCUUAUUUUAGACAGCUUGAUAUCAACUAUUAUGGGCUUUUAUCAAAGCUAAAAGCUGUUGUUACC